GUGAUCUCCAGGAGUUAGGGGAGGGAAAAGACAGUCUAACUCAAUCUUAAUUAGUAAGGAUCUCAGACACAGAUUUUAGGGGAAUGUUCCUGCACUGGAUGACAAACGAGCAGGGAGCUUUAAUUUGUGUUUCUCUGUAACACUGGGGACUGGCUGAUAAAACAUUUGUGAGAACAGAGAAGGAAGGAAAAGAACAAAAACAAGGGCAAAGAACAAUUUCAUCAAAGUAGCACACAGACAGACAGACAUGAUCUCCUCCACAGUGUUGUUCUAUGGGAGCUACGUGCUGUGCCUGUGUCUGGGACUGCUGUGUGUGGUGUUUGUCAGUUACUGGAACAUCGAGUGGCGUGGUGGCUUUGCCUGGGAUGCGUCCUUUCUGCAGUUCAACUGGCAUCCCGUUCUCAUGGUGACUGGCCUGGUAGUCCUGUAUGGGAAUGCGGCUAUCCUAUACCGCAUCCCCUUUACCUGGAGUCAGAGGAAGCAGCACUGGAAGCUGGUGCACGCUGCUCUGUUGCUGUCCUCCCUGAUCCUGUCCAUCCUUGGGCUGUGUGCUGUGUUUGACUUCCACACAGGCUACCACAUCCCCAACCUGUAUUCCCUCCACAGCUGGGUGGGCAUCUGCACCGUAGUCCUGUUCACUGCCCAGUGGGUCCUUGGCCUGGUUGGUUUCCUGUCUCCCUGCUCUCCCCCUGGGUUCCGUAAGCUCCUGAAACCAGUUCACGCCUGGAUGGGCAUGGCCAUCUUUAUCCUCAGCCUGGCCUCCUGUCUCUCUGGCAUCAACGAAAAACUGCUCCUUGCUCUCAACGGCAACAGCAACAGCACCGCAGCCUAUUCCUCAUAUCCUGCAGAGGCCUUGUUUGCUAACUUCCUGGGUGUCCUAAUCGUGGCCUUUGGAUUGGUGGUCCUUGGAAUCCUGUCCAACCAGAAUUGGAAUAGGCUGGAGCCAGGGCAGGAGAGCUCUAGAUCAUUGCUUCCGGAGGACAACUGAAGAAGUAGAAGACCUUGGUGUUCUCUUCUUCUCCCUGCCCUUUUCUAUUUUUGGAUAAUGGAUCAAUUGGAGACAAAGAACACUCUGAUGUUCCCUCCUGUGUCUCAGAACACCAGCUGUGGUAGUAGUUACACGUGACAUAAUGACAUGAUGACUGACAUGCAAUGUUUUUACUCUAUACCGUCUAUAGUAUAUGGGAGACUAUGUGCAUUAAAGCCUUAUUGUGUGGUAUAAGCCCUAUAGAAAAGUUUGUAGUCAUUCACACAUCCUUAAAAACAUAGGUGUUGGGCUAAUAAAGAAUACUAGUAUAGAACAAUAAUUCACCACUUUAUUGACAACCUUUUGAACCUAAAAUAAUUUUUGUCAGGUAAAAAAAAAUGAGUGCUCACAUCCCAAAAUAUACACAUUUCACCUCAUAUGACCAUUGCUGACAUUACGCAUGGUGGGUGCAAUAGCAAUUUGUGUGUCUCUAAUAAUGUAAUAACUAUCACAUGUCAGGUAAGACCCAGAUGCAGACAACGUCGAAGUAACAACAGUUUAUUAAUAGAACAGGAGCAGGCAAAAGGCAGGCAGAGGUCGGUUAUCCAGAUAGGUGGGGCAAAGGCACAGGACGGUAGGCAGGCUCAAGGCAGGCAGAAUAGUCAACACCGGUACAAAUACACAGGGGAUAAUGGGGAAGAUGGGCAGGAGGGGGGUGGAGACAAUCACAAAGACAGGUGAAACAUCAGGGUGUGACAAAUAACAAUGAGAUGGGUACAUGUAGUCAUUCCAGAAAAAAAUAUAUAUUUCCAAAAUGACUAAGUAGGUGACCUGGAAGGCAAGACUAAUCAAAGUGACAUAUUCAUGUAGGAAAUGAUCUAUAGGCCCUAAACCAUACAAUUAUUAGGCUGUACAACUGCAUAGUCCAUUCUUAAAAGCUCUUUUAGGGCUCGGAUGCCGCUAGCGGGAUCAAAAUCAACAACAUCCGGUGAAGCUGGAGCGCGCCAAAUUCAAAUGACAAAAUUGUAAUAUUAAACAUUCAUGAACAUACAAGUGUAUUACAUAAUUUAAAAGCUUAACUCUUCUAGGGUAGGGGGCAGCAUUUGGAAUUUUGGAUGAAAAGCGUGUCCAAAUUAAACUGCCUUCAACUCAGGCCCAGAAGAUAGGAUAUGCAUAUAAUUGUUAGAUUUGGAUAGAAAACACUCUAAAGUUUCCAAAAUUGUUCAAAUAGUGUAUGUGAGUAUAACAGAACCUAUUUGGCAGGCGAAAACCUGAGAAAAAUCCAUUCAGGAAGUAGUUUAUUUUGUCUGUUUGUAGUUUUCUAUUCAAUACCAUUACAGUAUCCAUUGACUUAGGACUCAAAUUGCAGUUCCUAUGCCUUCCACUAGAUGUCAACAGUCUUUAGAAAUUGUUUCAGGCUUGUAUUCUGAAAAAUUUGGGAGUAAGAGCAGUCUGAAUGAGUGGACCCUGCCGUGUCACAGAGCUUAGUCAUGCGCGCGACCGAGAGAGUGCCUUUCUUGUUUACCUUUUAUAUUGAUAACGUUAUUGUCCGGUUGAAAUAUUAUCGAUUAUUUAGGUUAAAAACAACAUGAGGAUUGAUUAUGAACAUCGUUUGAAAUGUUUCUACAAACUUUACGGAUACUAUCUGGAUUUUUUUCUGCCUGUUGUGACUGCGUUUGAGCCUGUAGAAUACUGAAGAAAAUGUGCAAACAAAACGGAGGUUUUUGCAUAUAUAGAGACUUUAUCAAACAAAAGGAACAUGUAUUGAAUAAAUUAAUGUCUUCUGAGUGCAACCAUAUGAAGAUCAUCAAAGGUAAGUGAUUAAUUUUAUCUCAAUUUCUGACUUGUGUAACUCUUCUACCCGGCUGGUUACUGUUUGUAAUGAUUUGUCUACUGGGCUAUGUUCUCAAAUAAUUGUAAGGUAGGCUUUCGCCGUAAAGCAUUUUUGAAAUCUGACACCAUGGUUGGAUUCACAAGAAGUUAAUCUUUAAACCAAUGUAAAAUGGUUGUAUCUUUUCUGUAUUAUUAUAAUGAGUAUUUCUGUAUUUGAAUUUGGCGCUCUGCAAUCUCACUGGAUGUUGGCCAGGAGGGACGCUAGCCCACAUACCCUAGAGAGGUUAACAUCUUGUUAAUCCAACCAAGUUGUCAGAUUUCAAAAAGGCUUUACGGCGAAAGCAUACCAUGCGAUUAUCUGAGGACAGCGCCCCACAUCAAAAUACUUUUUCAACCAGCACCGGCAUGACAAAAAUCUCAAAUAGCGAUAAAAUAAAUCACUUACCUUUGAAGAUCUUCCUCUGUUUGCAAUCACAAGGAUCUCAGCUACACAAUGAAUGUUUGUUUUGUUCAAUAAAGUCCUUCUUUAUAUCCAAAAAGUCAGUUUAGUUGGUGCCAUUGAUUUCAGUAAUCCACUCCUUCAACAUACAUACAAAGGAAUCCAAAAAGCUUCAUCCAAACCAGUCAAACAACAUUUCUAAUCAAUCCUAAGGUACCCUAAUAUGUAAAUAAAUUAUAAUAUUUCAGACGGAAAGAACGGUGUUCAAUAGAAAAGGAAAAUAAUGAAGAGCACGCCCUCAUUCACAGGCGCCAAAAGUCUACCUGUCCUGAUGAGAACACCUUGGAUAAACUACAACUACUUGUUUGUUUUUUAAGAAACAAGCUUGAAAGCUAUCUAAAGACUGUUGGCAUCUAGUGGAAUCUAUAGGAACUGCAAUCUGGGAGCUAUUUUUUGUAUAUCCCAUAGACCUGCAUUGAAAAGGCCUGUGACUUAAAAAAUAUUUAAAAAUCCCGAGGGAUUUUCCUCUGGUUUUUGCCUGCCUUAUCAGUUCUGUUAUACUCACAGACAUUAUUUUAACCAUUUUGGAAACGUCAGAGUGUUUUCUAUCCAAUGCUACCAAUGCUACCGGCCUAGCUUCUGGGCCUGAGUAACAGGCAGUUUACUUUGGGCACGUCAGUCAUCCGGAUAUUCAGGAUACUGCCCUAAGAGGCUGAUUUGAUCAUGCCUGAUCCUGCUCUCUCUGUUAAAACUGUAUCAUGAUAAUGUACUAAAAACACUAUACUCUCUUUGCAAUGAAAAUUGGUCAUGUUUUGUGAAAUGUUUAUUAAAGUUGCCAUAUUCUCCUGAAA